UGGCCAAGAUGCCAGCUUCUUCUGGGACAGAAGUGCUCAUCAGCUUCCUACUUCUUCUGGCCUUGGCGGAGGUCCCUGGCGUGAGGUGCCUGUCUUUUAAACACUGUGUCAGGUAUUACCAUCAGAAGGACUCCCUCACCUGCACACGCCAGGGAAUCAGGACCCUGAACCAGGCUGUUGGAGACCUCCCUACCCACACCAGGGUUCUCAACAUUUCCGACAACUGGAUCAGGCUUCUGCCGGCCAGAGGUCUGGAAAACCUGACGGCCUUGCAACAUCUCAGACUGGACCACAACCAGCUGAGGAGCAUCGAACCGCAAGCCUUUUGGAGACUCGGCGCCCUCCGGGAACUCAAUCUAUCCCAUAACCAGUUGGUCUACCUGCAACCCGGCACCUUUGAAUCCUUGCCCAACCUCACAGACUUGAUCCUCCGGGGGAACAGGUUGGCCAAUAUCUCCGGCGAGGUUGUCCGGCCCUUGAUGAGGCUCGGAAACCUGGACAUCUCCCACAACUGCUUCAGGAAUGUUUCCACCGUGAUGGCGGCGCUUGGGCACGCCCCGGCCCUGAGAAGCCUCAACCUCCAGGAUUCCUGCGUGGCCUCGUUCGAAGUCACCUCGCGUUUCCCCCCGCGAUUGAGUCUCUUGGUCCUCGCUAACAAUUCCAUCUCCGGGCUAGGGGGGGCGGCCGCUUUCUUCGGCAACAUUCGCCGACUGGACUUGUCCGACUGCGGCCUGACUCGAGCCGGGAUCCUGACCUCGAUCAACUUCUCCAGUCUCGGCCAUCUGGACAUCGGGGGCAAUCCGAUGGAGCGAUCCCAGGUCAUCGAGGUAGUGAGGGAGAUACGCGCUCCUCUGAUGAAUAUCGCCCUCAGCAACUUAGAGCUGGAAACCAAGGAGACCCUACAUCUAGUGUGUAGGGUGUUACGGGAUAGAAAGGUUCACUCGGUCAUUCUGCAACAUAAUAAGUUUCAGGAUGUGAGUGGGGCUUUCAACCAGAGUGAUUCCAUCUUGUAUGUGGACCUAUCCUACAAUAAGAUUAAGAAGGCGAACUUAUUCACCUGUGUUGGUUCUCCCAGUAGCAUCCAGGUCUUGGUCCUUGAUCAUAACAACAUCCGGGAUGUCUCUCUGUGCGAAAAUGGUCCAAAUGGGAGCCGGUGGGACCGUUGCCUGGAGAAUCUGCGCCAACUCUCCUUCAGAUACAACCGCAUCUCGGCCAUCGGGUCGCACGCGUUCCAGCAGGCCCCCAACUUGGAGCGCCUCUCCCUGGCGUUGAACGAGAUCAACUUCAUCAACACCACCGCCUUUGUCGGCCUGACCAAACUCAAGUUCCUCUCCGUCACCAACAACUGCAUCGGGGAGAUCUUCAGCACCACCUUCAGCCACGUCAGAGCCCUGGAGCACCUGAAGAUGCGGAACAACAGGAUACCGAUUGUCUACAGAGCCACCUACUCCAUCCUCUCAAGGCUGGUGACCUUGGAUUUGGGUGGCAACCACAUUGAAAUGAUUCACACGCGGGGUUUCAGCGGCCUACAUUCUUUGGUCAACCUCUACUUGGACAAAAAUUGGUUGUCCUCCAUUUCGGCUGGGAUGUUCGAGGAGUUGCAGUCGCUUCAAGUGCUGGACUUGGCCAACAAUAAGUUGUCCUUCAAAGUGGCGCCCGGCUCCUCUUCGCCGUUCACCCAGCUCCCCAAACUCCGCAUGCUGAAGCUGUCCUUUCAGGUGUCCGUCGGCCCCAUGACGCUCCACCACGACCUCUUCCAGGGCCUCCGGCAGCUGAAGACACUGGACAUCUCGGACAACAAGUUCACCACCCUCAACACGCUGCCCUUCCACCCGCUGGUCCAGCUGCGGUACUUGCAGCUGAGCAACAUCUACCACGGGUUCCAAACCAUGCACAACGCCACCUUCGCCAGCCUGGCCAACCUCCGCGUCUUGAUGCUGGAGAACGUGGGCUUGGAGUCCAUCAGGGGAGUCCUCUUCGAGAACCUGAGCAGCCUCCACACCUUGGUCCUCAAGAGCAACAUGAUCCACGUCAUCAGGGAGGGGGACAUCCCUCGGCUGCCCAACCUCGCCAACCUGGACCUGCAGGAAAACCCCAUCUCCUGCGUGUGUAACAACUUGUGGUUUCAGCGCUGGGCGGAGAGAAGCCAGGUACAAGUGCCUUGGUUUUACCAGUACCCGUGCGUGGGCCCCAGGGACAACGGGACCAGGCUGUUGGCUCAGUUCGACAGCCUGGUCUGCGACAACGGCUUCGUGGUCUUCUGCUCGACAGCCCCCGCUCUCCUCGUCUUCCUGCUGGGCGCCUUGGUGUACCACAAGGGCAAGUGGAACAUCCACUAUGGCUACUACCUCUUCCGAGCGUGGAUACGGGAGAAAGAGCUGAGCAGGUCGCACACACGUGGCCACCGCUACGACGCCUUUGUGUCCUACAAUUCCAAAGACGAGGACUGGGUCCUCGACCGACUGAUACAACACCUCGAGUUAGAAGGCCCGCCCUUCCACCGCUUGUGUUUCCACCACAGGGAUUUCGCCGUGGGCAAACCCAUUGUGGAGAACAUCGUGGAUGCCAUCUACAACAGCAAGAAGACUCUUUGCAUCAUCUCCAAGAAUUAUCUCCAAAGCGAGUGGUGCUCCAUGGAGAUGCAGGUGGCCUUGUACAGACUCUUCGACGAGCACAGUGAUGUCCUCAUCCUGGUCUUCCUGGAAGAGAUCCCAGCCCACGUCCUCUCUUCCUACCACCACCUCCGCAAGUUGGUGAGGGGGAAAACCUACAUCAACUGGCCCUCGGAUGAUGCGGGCCAGAAACUCUUCUGGGCCAAGUUAAGGGACGCCCUCCAGGAACAUGGACCUCCUGCUGGAGAACAGGACCACCCACUUAUCCGGCACGCAAGCUUGCUGCGCUAAAUUCUUCCCAGGUGAACAGUACAGGAGUU